AUGCCCAGAAGCAUCACUGCUCACACGAAACAGCUUCUUCUCCUGAUCAUUGAUCAGCUGAAGGCCGCCAGUUUCAACCUUGACACUGAAGCCAUCGCCUUCGGUAUGGGACCAAAGUGCAACAAGCGUGCUAUCCAGCACCGUAUCAACACCCUCCGCAAGCUGAACGAGGAAGCCCAUCCCGCCUCCACGGAGGAAGCCUCCGAGGCCACCAGCUCCCCCAUGAAGCGCAAGCCCGGCCGUCCUCGCAACACCCCCAACAAGAAGAAGACCAAGGCCCAGGACACCACUGAGGAGGAUGAGGAGGUCUUGCUCGGCGUUGUCGUUCAGGGUGACCACCACGAUGGCAACUAA